AUGGCUGUCGACACAAUCGUUUCCGAGCCCAGCCUCAUGGCAGUUCUGCAAAUAUCAGAUCAAGCACGCGACCAGGCCCAUACACUCCUACAAUUGACCGACGAGGCCAGCGAUUCUCGUACCUCCGCCGAAUCCCAAGCUGAGAUGGCCAAGCAACAGAAACAACUAUUCACCAGCAUAUCGCACCUCCGAGGUCUGCACCGCAACGCCUGCAUCUCCGCACGCGAAACAAAAGCCCAGACUGCCGAAGCUCGUCAGGAAGUCGAUCGUCUGCAUCUGCAGCUUCAAAACCUUUACUAUGAGCAGCGGCAUCUCCAAGGCGAGAUGUCAGCUUGCGAAUCAUACGACCACAAAUACCAGCAGCUUCCUUUAAUUCCCGUCGACGAAUUUCUUGCUCAGAAUCCACAGCAUGCCGACAUCGAUGAAAAUGAGCUCAUGGUCGCGAGAAUCGAUCACGAACGAACGGAGCGAGAGGCUCUGGAACAGCAGCGUCAGGAGCUUCUGAAGCGAAAGCAGAAGCUCAUUGCUGAGAAUAAGCGAAGAAAAGACGAUUUGGCCAAUUUGGAUCAAGACCUUGAGAAGUUUAUUGACGCUGCCAAACCUAUUCUGGAGCUGUUUGAGAAGGCGCCAUGA